AUGAAGGGUAUAGCGUGUCUGAUCUUGGCGUUGGCGGCUGCGGCCGUAGCCCGGCCAGAUGGCGAAUUCACCAACCUGGUUUUCAAUGACAUCAAACAUAAGCAGGAGUUCAUCUUCAAACUGCUCAACAAUGUCAUGCAGCCAGUCAUGUACAAGGAAAUCGAAGAAAUCGGCAAGGACAUCAAGUUUGAAGACAAAGUGGACUUUUACACUAAGCCCGAAGUCGUCAAGACUUUUGUCAAAAACCUGAAGUUCGGUUUCUUGCCCCGUGGUGAAAUUUUCACCCUGCACAUCGACCGCCAAAUGAAGGAGGUCAUCUCGAUGUUCCACAUGCUGUACUACGCCAAGGACUUCGAAACCUUCAUCAAGACCGCCUGCUGGAUGAGACUGUACCUGAACGAGGGCAUGUUCGUAUAUGCUCUCACCGUAGCUGUAAGACACCGCGAUGACUGCAAGGGCAUCAUCCUGCCUCCUCCGUACGAAAUCUACCCCUACUACUUCGUCCGCGGUGACGUUAUCCAAAAGGCGUACUUACUUAAAAUGAAGAAGGGUCUCGUUGACCACAAGCUGUGUGACUUCUACGGCAUCAAGGUCACCGACAAGAAAGUCUACAUCAUCGACGAGAAUGUUUACGACACCCGUGUUCAUCUCAACGAGGAGGACCGUCUGAGAUACUUCACCGAGGACAUCGACCUAAACACCUACUACUACUACUUCCACAUCGAUUAUCCCUUCUGGAUGGGCGAGCAGGUCAACAACAAGGUUAUGUUCAGACGCUGGGAGCUGACUCUGUACGUGUACCAGCAGAUCCUCGCCAGGUACUACAUGGAGAGAUUGUCCAACGGCUUAGGAGAAAUCACCACCUUCUCGUGGGACACGACCAUCAUGAAGGGCUACUGGCCGUGGUUGAUCCUGCACAACGGAGUACAAUUGCCCGUCAGGAUGAACAACUUCAACUUCAUCGGAAACUACAACGUUGGAGUCAUGAAACUGGCCAAGGAUUACGAGAACAUAAUUACCGAGGCUGUCGUUAAGGGAUACAUUGAGAUCAAUGGAUUCAGGUAUGAACUGAACAAGGAAGAGGACAUCGAACACUUGGGUAAACUUAUCUAUGGUGCCGUUGAGAAGACUGAUCUAACCAAGUACCAAAUCCACGCCUACCGCUACUUACUCGUCUUGAUGAAGUCAGUCAUUGGACUCAACACAGUAACCUCCGACAAAUACUUCGUUGUACCAUCUGUGCUUGACAACUACCAGACCGCCCUCCGUGAUCCAGUCUUCUACCAGCUGCAGAAACGUCUCUUCUACUUCGUGAUGAUCUUCAAGAACCGUCUCCCAAGCUACACCCACGAAGACCUGUACUUCCCAGGCGUGAAAGUUGAGAACGUCGUCGUUGAUAAACUUGUCACAUACUUCGAUGACUACCUCAUGGACAUGACUAACGCUGUUACCUACAACGAUAAUGAACUCAAGAAGGCAACUCCUGACAUGGUAUUCUUCGCCCGCAAACGCCGCCUGAAUCAUCAACCAUUCGAGGUCAAAUUCGAAAUCGAGUCGGACAAGCAAGUCGACUGUGUUGUCAGGCUGUUCCUGGGACCUAAAGAGGACCACACGGGACGUCUCUUCGACAUCAACGAGAACAGAUUCAACUUCGUGGAACUCGACUCCUUCAUGUACAAACUCGUGACCGGCAAGAACUUCAUCGUCAGGAAGUCCAUGGACAUGCACAACCUCAUCGGUGACAGAAUGAUGACUUACAACAUCUGGAACAAGUUCCAAAGCACCACCGACGUGAAGGACUUCUUCAUGAAAGAUCUCAGAAACUACAUGACCGGGUUCCCCACCAGGCUGCUUCUGCCCAAGGGUACCGUUGGUGGCAUGAACAUGAUGCUGUACGUCAUCGUGUCUCCGCUGAAGCUCAUCGACAACAUUGACGCGGAAAUCUUCGACGCCGACCGCAGAGAGUUUGUCGUAGACUUCAGGUCUAGCAUGCUCCUCGACAAGAUGCCCCUCGGCUUCCCCUUCGACCGCAUGAUCGACGUGUCCAAAUUCUUCACACCCAACAUGAAGUUCGUCGAUGUGACGAUCUUCCACAAGAACCAGGUGUGCGACAUGAAGACCCGCUGGAACAGAUGGGUGCUCAAGAACUACGACCUGAUCGACAGAACCGGCACAGUCAUGGAGAACAACUACUUCGUUGACAUCUUCCCCAAACGAAGUGGUGGAACAAUGAAGGUCUUGUGUCUGGUGUUAGGGCUCUCAGCUUUUGCUGCAGCCUCUGGUAUUCUUGAGGAUAACAUAGUAAACACUAAUAAUGGAGUAAGCGACAUCAAGCAACGUCAGAUUAUAAUUCUAAAGUUGCUGAACAACAUCUUGGAGCCGCUCGUCGACAAGGAUAUCAAAGAUGUAGGAACUAACUUCGACAUUGAACGGAACAUUAAUUUGUUCACGAAACCUGAAGUAGUCAAAGAAUUCAUCAAGCACCUGAAGCUUGGUAUGCUACCACGUGGAGAGGUGUUCACUUUAACCAUCGACCGUCAACUGAAGGAAGUAAUCAGUGCCUUCCACGUACUUUACUUUGCAAAGGACUUCGACACUUUCGUCAAGACAGCCUGCUGGAUGCGCCUCAACCUUAACGAAGGCAUGUUCGUCUAUGCCCUGACUGUAGCCGUCAGACACCGCAACGACUGCAAGGGAAUCAUCCUGCCACCUCCUUACGAAAUCUACCCAUACUUCUUCGUUCGCGCCGAUGUCAUCCAGAAAGCGUACCUCCUGAAAAUGAAGAAAGGUCUCCUGGACAAGAAACUCUGCGACUUAUACGGAAUCAAGAAAACCGACAAAGAAGUUUACAUAAUCGACGAGAAUGUCUUUGACCGCCGUGUGGUGUUGAACAAGGAGGACAGACUCAGAUACUUCACUGAAGAUAUCGGUCUAAACACAUAUUACUACUACUUCCAUGUCGACUAUCCAUUCUGGAUGAAGGACACCAUCGUUAAUAACAAACUUCUUACAAGACGCUGGGAGCUUACCCUCUACAUCAACCAGCAAAUUCUUGCUCGUUACCACUUGGAGCGCUUGUCCAACAACCUUGGGGAAAUCGACCAAUUGGAUUUGAACACGAUCGUCAAGAAAGGAUACUGGCCAUGGAUGCUCCUGCACAACGGUGUUCAACUACCAGUGAGGUUGAACAACCACAUCAUCACCCAUGAGAAGAACACUGAUGUUAUCCAUCUUGUCAAAGUAUACGAAGACAUAAUUACAGGAGCUAUCAUCAAGGGAUUCGUUGAAAUCAACGGUGUCAGACUAGACCUGGUGAAAGCUGAAGAUGUAGAAGUACUUGGAAAACUUAUCUUUGGAAUGAUCGAAGACAAAAAUAACCUAAGCACUGUUACUGUAGAAGCUUACAGAUACCUUUUGAUCUUGCUGAAGGACGUCGUUGGAGUUAACACCAUCCACAAUGACAAAUACUUCGUCGUGCCUACCGUUCUUGACAACUUCCAGACUACAUUACGUGACCCCGUAUUCUACCAGCUACAAAAGCGUCUCUGCAACUUGUUGAUCCUGUUCAAGAAACGCCUGCCGUGCUACACUCGCGAUGAGCUGACGUUCCCUGGACUGAAGAUCGACAACGUCGUCGUCGACAAACUGGAGACUUUCUUUGAUGACCAUAUAAUGGACAUGACGAACGCUCUUAUUCUGAACAAAGACGAGCAAAUGACUACUAAGUCUGAAAUGACAGUUUUAGUACGCAAACGCCGCCUGAACCACAAACCCUUCAAAGUGGUCAUCGAUGUACUGUCAGACAAGACCGUAGACAGCGUGGUGAGAAUCUUCCUGGGACCCAAGCAGGAUACUCUGGGCCGCCUCAUCGACAUCAACAAGAACCGAUUGAACUUCGUAGAGAUCGACUCGUUCCUGUACAAACUGAACACCGGCAAGAACACAAUCGUCAGAAACUCAAUCGACAUGCACAACAUCGUCCGCGACCGCAUGAUGACGCGCGAUCUCCUCAAGAAGAUCGACACCAUUACCGACGUCAGAGAUCUGUUGAUGAAGGACUUGAAGAACUAUAUGACAGGAUUCCCCGCAAGGUUGAUCCUGCCUAAGGGUCACAUCGGCGGUAUGAAGAUGAUGCUGUACGUGAUCGUCACCCCGUUGAAACUUGUAGACGGCGUCGAUGUCAACUUGCUCGACACGACUCGUCAAGGCCUCACCGUGGACUACAGGUCUACUGUCCUCCUCGAUAAGAUGCCCCUUGGAUUCCCUCUUGACCGUCAAAUCGACCUCGUCAGAUUCAACACGCCUAACAUGAAGUUCGUCGAUGUGAACAUCUUCCACAAGCCCCAGGUCUGCGACAUGAAGACUCGCUGGAACCGCUGGGUCUUAAGAGACUACGACCUAGUCGACAUGACCACCGUCAUCAACGACGACUUCAACGUCGAAGUCGACGUCAACAACAAACUCUACAAGAACUCUAACAUCGUUGACAUAUAA